AACCAGGAAAGAAACACUCAAAACUCAUCUGAACACACAUCGAGAGCUUCAGAAGAACUGAAUCUACUGACAACAGAGAAGAUCAUUUAAUAAGAGAGAAGAAUGAAGAUCAUCUUGACUUUCACUCUGCUGAUGAUUCUUGGAGUCGUGAGCUCCAUCAGUGUGACGGGAUAUUCAGGAGGAGGAGUCACGAUCAAAUGCAAAUAUGAUGAAGAAUAUACUGCAAAUGAAAAGAUUUUUUGUAAAGGACAGUGGACAGACUGCAUAAACCAAAUCUGGAUUGAUGAGAAAAAUAAAUGGCUUCGUUCUGGAAGAUUCUCUCUGUAUGACGACACAAGAUCAGCAGUCUUCACUGUGACCAUCAGAAAUCUGAAUCAAUGGGAUUCUGGGACGUACCACUGUGGAGUUGAUAGACUUAUUAUUAUGGAUUUAUACACUGAAGUGAAUCUGAAGGUAAUAAGAGGGUCUGUUGCAGCCGCAUCCUGGUGUCGCAAGAAUUGGUGUCCGGCCAGAACAGGGCUUUUAAACAUUAUUGGUUCCGCCCGGACUUUCCAUUUGCUGAAGUUGCCCGGGGGAGAAGGAAACGUUGUUGCUUUUUGUUAAUUGGUUUAUGUAGUUGUACAUUUGCGGUAUUUGAUUACAUUUUGCUUUUCUAUAUUUUGAUUUGAUAUAUUUCUUUGUAUGAUUCUAUUUUGAUUUAUUUGGUGUUAUAUGUUAAUGUUAAGUCUCAUUUGUUUCCCCUCUUAAUUUGUAAUGGGCCCAUCCUUUCCUUUAUAAGUUGUUGCUUUUUUCAUUCAAGGUCAAGUCAGUUUUAGUUUGUUGCUUUCAUUGUUUGCCUUUAUUUAUUUUAUUUUUAUUUUUUUUUGUGUUGUGAAAGAUUGAGUUGUAAAGUUGACAUUUUUCCCUUGGGUUCUAAUAAAAACCCAUAUUUAUGGCAAAUUGCUGGUGUUCCUUGUCCUUGGCUCCUCGGUCCCUCACAUAUGGUGGCAGCGGUGGGAUGCAUUCAGUCGGUCAAGGACACUAAGCUGUUUUGUUUCUUUUUGCCCCUCGUGGCUGUGUUUUUUUUUUCUCUGUUAUCAUGAGUCGUACCUCAAAGAAAAAUAUGCCUAAAGCUCCACCCUUUCAGCAAGAGGAAGAAAGGGGUGAGGAGGAUCAGGAUGUGGCAGAAGGAGUUGAAGGAGGGAAGGCAACAGGAGAUAGAGAAGUUUCAGUGACUGAGUUGGCCAAUUUGUUUCGAGCCCAUAUGGCCAGGACGGAAGGCCGGGAGACUGCAAGACAACAAGAGCAGGUAGAGCAGGAGCGACGGUUUAAGGCACUCCAGCACCAGUUCAGUCUUUUACAAAUGGAGGUCCAAGCACGUACUUCUCCUAAUUUUCACUUAACCAGUGUUGGCCGGGAGGCCCAGGAAAGGCCUGAUGGGGAUCCUUCAGAUUCCGACAGACAUUCGUUGGCUUCAGCUCAUCAAAGUUUUAAUCAGGUUGAGGACAAUAUAGGCCCACCAUUAUCUCGGACCCCUCAAUUAGAAAAGCUGAGUGACACUGAUGACGUAGAUCACUUUCUUGUUACUUUUGAAAGGAUUGCAGUUGCUUGUAGGUGGAUUAAAACUGACUGGGUUUGGCAUUUAAUCCCUUUGCUGACGGGUAAAGCAAGAGCAGCUUAUGUCAACAUGGAUCUCAAUGAGUCUACUGACUAUGACAAAGUGAAGUAUGCUAUUUUAAAGAAAUAUGAUGUUAAUGCUGAAACUUAUCGACAAAAGUUCCGUUCCUUAACAAUAGAGCCAACUGAGAGUCCAAAGGAGCUUUACAGCCGGCUCAAAGAACUCUUUGGAAAGUGGAUCCAGCCUAAGAGGAAAACAGUGGAGGAGGUGAGUGAAAUUAUCAUUCUGGAGCAAUAUCUUAAAAUGUUGUCCCCUGAACUUCAGGUGUGGAUUCGGGAGAGAGAUCCCAAAACAGCAGCGGAAGCAGCAUCUUUGGCAGAUGUGUUUGUUGCAGCCAGAGGAAAGAAUAAGCUGUGGGCUUGGAAGCCUGUUAAAGACUGCUGUUUUCCUGACGUGCCUCACUUUCAGCAAAGGAAGGUGGAGGGGUCUGGUAAGCCCUACCUGGGAAAACAUCCUUUAACCAAAUCAAAUCUUGCUCCUAAACGACCUCCUAUAUGUUACCUGUGUGGUCAAGAAGGGCACACUAAGCCCAAUUGUCCAAAGAUCUCAGCUCAGCUUACACAGCUAUGUUUCGUACAAAGCAGGAAUGUAACCAAAUCCGCAAGCUCUUUGAGAACUACAAAUGUAGAGAUAAACGGUGAGAAAUUAACUGCUUUGAUUGACACCGGCAGUGACCAGACUCUGGUAAGAAGAAAAUUUAUAUCACCCUCUUUGAUCAGCACAGUGAACAAACUACCUAUUUGCUGUGUACAUGGAGAUGAAAGAUUGUUACCUACCGCCAAUGUUUAUGUCAAGAUAGAAGAUCAGGCUUACAUGGUGGAGGUGGGGGUGGCUGAUUACUUGUCUUUUCCUGUGAUUCUGGGUCAAGAUAUACCAGUGCUGCUGGAGUUGUUGCACCCGACGCGACAGAGCCACAUGGUAGUGACCAGAGCAAAGGUGAAUCGGUCAAAGGAGACUGAAUCCACACUAAGUACUUUACCUUUCUUCAAUGCAGAGAUUGAGGCUGGGGUGCCGAAGAGGAGAAAGACUAGAAGAGAAAAGAGACAAGAAAAGGUCAAAUAUGCUGUGUCUGAAAAUAAGACCUCUGAUUUACCUGUGAACUUCCAGUUGUCAUCAUUCAGAUGCAGCAGGAAGAUGCUAGUCUCACAGAGUGCUUUGUUAGAGCUGCGGAGAGUAAGGAGAAGCCUUUAAAUGACAAUACAGCCAGAUAUGUGAUGAUCAAGGGUAUACUCUAUCGAGAGAUCGGGGCCCAGAAACAAUUGGUGGUUCCACAGUGUAUUCGAGAGAUGGUGUUACAUCUGAGUCACUUGAUUCCUUGGGCUGGCCACCUGGGGAAAAACAAAACCACUGCAAGAAUCAGAAAAUACUAUAUUUCUGGCCCGGUUUGAAAGUUGAUGUAGCCCAAUUUUGUAAAAGCUGUCCUGUUUGUCAGAAGGUUUCUGUGGCGACCAGGGCGGGCGAGAGCCGUGAGGGAACGGCGCGAGGCCGGUGACGCAAGUGAUAACAAGCAUCACCUGGGAGGCGGACCGGCCUUGAGUCUCUCAUGGAGGAGCUCCG